AUGCCACGUGUUGAAUUAACAGAAGAAGAAAAAUUAAAUUUAACAAAAAAAAAUCUUUUAUUUAAAAGAUUUGUAGAACCAGGAAGAUUAUGCCUUAUUGAAUAUGGUCCAUAUGCUGGAAAGUUAUGCUUUAUAGUUGAUAUUAUAACACUUACUAGAGUUAUUGUUGAUGGAGCUUUUGUUACAGGAGUACCAAGAAUGAUUGUACCUAUCAAAAGAUUGAAGUUACUAAAAGAAAGAAUUAAAAUAAAUAAAAAUUGCAAAAGUGGAUUUUUGAGGAAAACAAUUAAAAGUACAAAUGUCUUAGAAAAAUUUAAAGAAUCUAAUUUAGGAAAAAAAAUGUUGAUAAAAAAGAGAAGAGAUUUAGCUACUGAUUAUGAAAGAUUUAAAAUUUAUUAUGCUAAAAGAGAAUUAAAGAAAAAAAUUAAUUUUUUAAAAAAUGAAAAAGAAAGAAAUAACAAAAAAGAAAACAAGAAAGUUAAAAAAAGUUCAGCUAAAGGAAAUUAA